CGCGCUCUGAUUGGUUGUUCUGUAUGAAGUCAGAUAUAUAUAAAGUGAUUUGGAGGGAGACGGUUGUAUAAGCGGUGUGUUUUUAAUCUUCUGGAUUUCUGCAGAUUGUCCUAUUAUAAAAGGUUUACCUCGAUCAUACCAGGUUUGGUGUUUAUUAAUUUGCAAAAUGAGCUCCAGUGGCGUGGUUCCAUUUGUCAGCCGCAGUCAGGAGAACACCUCUGCUCAGGGAAGAGUGGAUGUUCCUCGUGUAAAGGCUGGACAAAGGGUUGUGUUGGGUGUUUUAACUGAAAACGAUCACCACAAAAGGGUUAUUAACCAGGGUGCUUUAACUAAACAUGGCUCAGCACUGCAGAAUGUGUCUGCCCAUGGACUUGAUGCACCCUCUUGCCAGCCCACUUCCAACUUCAGUAUCCGGGUGGCAGAACCGGUGGUACAAGCAGCUAAACCUACUGCAGAGCAGUUGGCAGCUUUUCAUCCUUCAGAGCUUCACGUGCUAAGUGCUGUUAAUGACUUCAGCUCUGGAUCGGCUUUAGAUGCUUCGAUGCAGUCUGUAUCGGAGGAGGAUGAGGAGCCAGUUUACUCUGAGGAUAUCUUGUCUGUCGCUGAGUAUGCGGAUGACAUCCAUCAACACCUGCGAGAAAGUGAGUUGAGGUACAGGUCAAAACCUGGAUACAUGAACAAGCAGCCAGACAUUACAAACUGCAUGAGGGUCAUCCUGAUUGACUGGCUGGUUGAGGUUUCAGAAGAGUACAAGCUAUGCACUGAGACCAUCUACCUGGCUGUAAACUACCUGGAUCGCUUCCUCUCCUGCAUGUCUGUGCUUAGGGGGAAACUGCAGCUUGUUGGAACAGCUGCACUUUUUCUGGCUGCGAAAUAUGAAGAAAUUUAUCCUCCUGAAGUGGAUGAGUUUGUCUACAUCACAGAUGACACCUACACCAAAAAGCAGCUGCUGCGUAUGGAGCACCUCAUCCUCAAGGUUCUGUCUUUUGACUUGACGGCACCUACAAGCAACCAGUUUUUGGGGCACUAUGUCUUGGAAGAGCAUAUCUGUGCCAAAACAGCAAAUCUCGCCCUGUAUCUUUCAGAGCUCAGCCUUCUUGAGGUGGACCCCUUUCUGCAGUACCUUCCAUCCAUGAUUGCUGCUGCAGCUUAUUGUUUGGCCAACUACACUCUCAACAGGGCAUUCUGGUCUGAUUCUCUGUAUGCCCUGACUGGGUACACACUGGCAGAAAUUGCUCCAUGUCUGGUUCAGCUCCAUAAGCUCCACUUGACUGCAGCAAGUCGCCCUCAACAGGCCAUCUGUGAGAAGUACAGAAGCACAAAGUAUGGCAGUGUGUCCCUGACUAAGCCAGUGGAGACUCUACCACUGCACUGAUAUCCAAUGGUGCCCUAUGAAGGACAAUGAAGGAACAGCGCUUAUUAUUUUUUUUGUCAUUGUAAAUAUUACAUGGUGUCCACUUUUUUAAACCUAUUGCUUUUAACUUAAUGUGAUUUUUAUCAUAACCUUUUAUGAAGCUAGGAAUGCCAAUAAAAUGAGGUGACUUGUUUCUUAUAGUCUGGAGUAACCAGCCUUGAGGCUGUUGUACUCAAGUCCCAUGGAAUUGUAUGUCUGUAUCCAGGUUUUUUCUCAAUCAUGGAUUUUUCUAUCUGGACUGUCAAUAAAUGAAACGAGUUGCUGCA